CCGCGCGGCCCCGACCCCCGCGGCGCUGCGGCUGCAUGGACUGGUACAUGAUGAACUGCGAGCUGCUGGCCACGUGCAGCGCCCUGGGCUACCUGGAGGGCGACGUCUACCACCGCGAGCCCGACUGCCUGGAGAGCGUCAAGGACCUGAUCCGCUACCUGCGCCAUGAGGACGAGACGCGGGACGUGCGGCAGCAGCUGGGGGCGGCGCAGAUCCUGCAGAACGACCUGCUGCCGCUGCUGGUGCAGCACGCGGGCGAGCGGCCGCUCUUCGACGCCGUGCUCAGGCUCCUGGUGAACCUGACGCAGCCGGCGCUGCUCUGCUUCGGCAAGGUGCCCGCGGACACCGCCGCGCGCCACCACUUCUUGCAGGUCACGUCCUACCUGCAGGCCUACAAGGAGGCGUUCGCCAGCGAGAAGGUGUUUGCGGUGCUCAGCGAGAAGCUCUACGAGCUGCUGCAGCUGGACUGGGAGCAGCGGCAGGAGGAGGACGCGCUGCUGGCCGAGCGCAUCCUGCUGCUGGUGCGCAACGUGCUGCACGUGCCCGCGGACCCCGCCGAGGAGCAGGGCGUGGACGGCGACGCCAGCACCCACGACCGGCUGCUGUGGGCGCUGCACCUCAGCGGCAUGGACGACCUGCUCAAGUUCCUGGCCAGCGCGCCGGCCGAGCAGCAGUGGGCCCUGCACGUGCUUGAGAUCGUCGCCCUCAUGCUGCGCGACCAGGACCCCGAGCAGCUGGCGGCCGUGGGGCAGGGCGGCGCGGGCGCCGAGCGCGGCGAGGACGCGCGGGAGCUGGACGCCCUGCGGCAGCGGGAGCUGGCGGAGCGCAAGAGCCGCGCGCUGCAGCGCCCGACCCGGCACUCCCGCUUCGGUGGCUCCUACGUCAUCCAGGGCCUGAAGGCCAUCGGCGACCGGGAUGUUGUCUUCCACAAGGGGCUGCACAACCUGCGCAGCUACAGCCACGACCUGGGCAAGGAGCCGCGGCGCGUGCCCAAGCGGCGGCUGGCGGCGCGCGAGGCCGAGGCGCCGCGACGCUCCGCGCGCAGCGUCCGCCUCUUCCUGCACGGCUUCUGCCAGGACUUCCUGGAGAGCUGCUACAACCGCCUCAUGUUCCUGGUGAAGGACCAGCUCCUGCGCGAGCGGGCGCAGCAGCACGACGAGACCUACUACCUGUGGGCCACGGCCUUCUUCAUGGCCUUCAACCGGCGGCGCCGCUUCCGCCCCGAGCUCGUCUCCGAGACGCUGGGCGUGCGCGCCUUCCACUUCAUGGAGCAGAACCUCACCACCUACUACGAGAUGGCGCUCAUGGACAAGAAGGAGGCAGCCACGUGGGCCCGCAGGAUGCACCUGGCCCUCAAGGCCUACCAGGAGCUGCUGCGGACGCUGCAGGAGAUGGACCGCUCGCCCGAGGCGGCCGUGCGCGACAGCAGCCGGGUCAUCAAGAGUGAGUUCGCCAGGGCGCCCGUGCUGCGGGCCUACGUGGUGCUGCUGCGCGGCUACGCGCACAACAGCGCCCACACCAACCACUGCGUGGCCCGCAUGCUGCACCGCCUGGCGCGCGAGCUGCGCAUGGAGGCCCUGCUCUUCCAGCUCUCCCUCUUCUCCCUCUUCAACCGCCUGCUCAGCGACCCCGGCGCCGGUGCCCACCAGGAGCUGGUGGCUCUGGCCAAGUUCAUCCUGGGCAAGUUCUUCGCGCUGGCGGCCACCAACAAGAAGGCCUUCGUGGAGCUGCUCUUCUGGAAGAGCCCGGCAGCGGCGCGCGAGAUGACCGAGGGCUACGGCUCGCUGCGCGAGGAUGAGGGGCCCAGCGGGCGCCGGGCGCCGCUCUGGACCCCCGAGGAGGAGCAGGAGCUGCAGGAGCUUUACUGGAAGUUCAAGGAUGUGGAAGGCGCCGACGUGGCGGGCAGCAUCGCGGCGCAGCUGCGGGCGCCGGGGCGCUCCCGGAGGCAGGUGGUGAAGCAGCUCGUGCGCCUGGGGCUGGCCCGCAGCGCCAAGGACUUCCCGCGCCCCAGGAAGGGCACCAACAUCGUGCUGUGGACGGAGGAGCAGGAGCGGGAGCUGGAGCGGCUCUUCGAGGAGUUCCGCGGCACGGACG